UGCAGUACGAACAAGUCUUAUCGAUCGGUGCCUAAAAGAAUAAUCAGACAUUCGUUCGGCAGAUACAUUGAUCCGAGUGAAAGGAAAUCUUGUGAAGAGAAGACUUGAAGGACUACAACGGGACAGAAAGAAGAAGUGAUCAGAAUGGGUUACGACGACGUUAUUUCACACAUUGGAGAAAUGGGCCCGUACCAACGAAGAGUAUCCGUUGUUAACUUUAUACCAUCAUUAACCAGCGCCAUUCACGUCAUGGGCACAAUUUUCCUGUUAGGCAAACCAAAAUUCAGGUGUCUGACACCCGAGGAAGACCAAAGAAAUGCAACAUACAUUCCGGGACUACAUACGGCAAACAUUACGCAUCCAUGGGAUAACGCGACACAAAUUUCGUCGCAGUGUAAACCGUAUAACCAAACUGAAGGAGUUCGCUCUGAGCUACUAACAACGAAGGGCAAUUUACCGUCGACGUCUCGUGUCGUGAAGUGUGCCUCUUUUGCCUACGAUGACAGCCAAUACGGAACAACUGCCACAACCGAAUGGAAUCUGAUAUGCGAUGAUGCGUGGUUGAAAACUACCAGCGAGUCACUGUUCAUGCUAGGAGUGAUGAUGGGAGUUUUGACUCUCGGUGCUUUGUCCGACAAAUAUGGACGCAAGCGAACUCUGAUAUGGGGUUCAGUCCUGCAGUUAAUUUCGGGACUACUGGUCGCUGCUUCGCCUAAUGUCACGAUGUUCGUAAUUUUCCGAAUGAUUGUAGCGACAACGAGUACUGGACUUUACGUUGUGGCUUACGUUGCUGCAAUCGAGAUGGUUUAUCGAAACAAGAAAAUUCCAACUGCGGCUAGUACUUUCUUCUUUAUGGGAGGUUGUCUUCUUACAGUCAGUUUUGCAUACUACAUAAGAAACUGGAGAAUUUUACAGCUGGCUUAUACCGCGCCUACCCUUUUAUUCCUGGCAUUAUCGUGGUCCAUUCCUGAAUCUGCACGAUGGCUGCUGAGCAGAGGGCGUGUGGAAGAAGCAAUGAAUAUACUUCACAAGGCAUCGAUGGAAAAUGGGGUGAAAUUACCGCGGGAUACGUUGGACGAACUGCUGAUAACAGGAAGUGAAAACAAGCCAAACAGUAAAAAAUCAUCUUUGCUUGAUCUAUUGAGAUACCCAAAUAUCAGGAAAAGGAGUCUGGUACUCGUCAUUAUUUGGUUUGUCAACAAUUGCACGUAUUACGGUCUAGCAUGGAACACCGCGAACCUUGGAGGCAGCGUUUACAUAAAUUCUACACUUUCUGCCAUCGUGGAGCUACCCGCAAUUGCAUUCUUAGUAUUCACCAUUGACAAGUGUCGGAGGAAGGUUAUUUUGGGCGGCUCUAUGAUGCUCUCGUCCAUAUCAUUAUUUUUGGCAGUUUUCGUUCCUGUCGACAUGACAUGGCUAGUGACGGGUUUGGCCAUGAUGGGAAAAUUGUCAAUCACGGUCUCAUAUUCAACCCUCUACAUCUUCACAUCAGAGCAGUAUCCUACAACAGUUAGAAAUAUUGGCGUUGGAACUUGUUCAGCUAUUGCUCGGCUCGGUGGAGUGGUAGCACCUAUGAUCGUCGACUUGUCUGAAAUUUCGACGGUUCUUCCUUUCAUUACUUUUGGAUGCAGCAUAGUGCUCGCCGUGUUGUUGUUACUACUUCUUUCAGAAACGUCGAUGAAAAAGCUACCAGAAACAAUAGAAGAGGUAGAAGUAGAAGGGUUUGAAAACCAAGAUGGGCAAGAGAACACCUUCGUACACUCCAGCAUAAAGGAACGUGGGAUCAAGAUACCUAUACUCAACACCAGUGCGGCAACCUCGCCUAAAUCGUCGACCUUUCCCUUCUUCGACCCUAUUCUAGUCUUACACCCAAAGCGAGAUGGAUUAGUCCACGCUACCUCGGUGCGUUACUACCUUUGGCAUUUACGACUGGCCGAGAGUCAAGCUUUAUCGACUUCUGGUCUCCAGCUGAUCCUAUUGUACCUGUACAACUGUGCCUACAGCUGUCGUAUGAUAACGAUAGCGGACCGAAUGGUGCUGCGGUAG